AUGAAUUUUUUAUUAUUAUUAACCUUCAUUCCACUCGUUUUUACUUAUGAUGGUUUUUUAAGUCUUUCGUUAAAUAAAUUUCAAGAUCCAGUUGAAGAAUUAAUCAAAAAUUUUACUGAUUUAUUUGAUGCUCAACAAAAAACAGUUGGUGAUGAAACUGGUUCAUUUCAGGUUGAAUUAUCAAAUGCUAGAACGUAUUAUUUUAUCGAUUUAAAAGUUGGUAAUCCUCAACAAUCAAUUCGUACAAUGAUAGAUACUGGAAGUGCUGAUUUAUGGUUUAUUGGUAAAGAUAAUUUACAGUGUGCAAGUAAUGGUGGAACAGUUGAUUGUCAAUUAUAUGGUACUUUUGAUGAAUCAAAAUCAUCAACUUGGCAAACAAAUAAUACUGCAUUUGAAAUUGGUUAUUUAGAUGGAAGUGAAGCCACAGGUAUAAUGGGAAAAGAUGGUAUUGAAUUUGCUGAAAAUUUUGCUUUAGAUAAUGCUGAAUUUGCAGUUGUUAAAAAUACUACUGAAAAUAUUGGUGUGUUUGGUAUUGGAUACUCUAAAUUAGAAUCUACAAAUGCUACUUAUUCAAAUAUUCCAAAAUUAUUAAAAGAUCAAGGUGUAAUUUCAAAAGUUGCUUAUUCAAUUUAUUUAAAUCUGAAAAAUUCAACUCAAGGUUAUAUCUUAUUUGGUGGUAUUGAUUAUGCUAAAUUUGAUGGAGAACUAACUGAUUAUGAUAUUGUUCCAUUUCUGGGUCAAUAUUUAUAUUCUCAAAUUGCAUUAUCUCAUAUUUCAUUUUCAUGUAAUAAUUAUACUGGAUCUAAUAAUGGUCCUAGAGUUGGAGCUGUUGCUUAUAACGGAACUGGCUCAUUUAAUGGUGCAGUUGAUAUUAAAAAUCAACCUGCUUUAUUAGAUACUGGUACAACAUAUACUUAUUUAUUACAAAAACAAGUUGAGAGUUUGGUUAAAAACUUUGGUAAUUCAAGUUAUAAUCAAUUAUUUGGAAUGUAUAAUGUUCCAUGUUAUAUUGGAAAUCCAGGUAAUUAUUUUACUUUUAAUUUUGGACAACAAGGAUAUCAAGUAGACGCAAGUGAAUUUGUAAUUAAUAAUCCCGUCGGUGGUUGUUUGUUCACUAUUUUAAAUAGUGUUGACGGUAGUUUAAUCUUGGGUGAUAAUUUCUUAAGAUCAGUUUAUGCAUUAUUUGAUUUAGAAGAUAAUAAAAUUUCAUUAGCUCAAGCAAAUUAUAAUGAUAAUCAUCAAGUAGUCCCCAUUUAUUAA